ACAGGACUGGGAGAGUCAUCUGAAGUAACCUGAACCACCACUUCCACUUAAAAAAGUCAGCUUUGCUUUUUGCUCCUUUUCUAAGUAGCUCAGAUCACAAGAAACAUGAGUGGAUUUGGUUCUGGAGCAACGCUGGUAAAUGCGAUUCUGCAACAGUAUCACAAUGCCACCGACCGCUGUGUUUCCAUCAGUCUGAGCAACUGCAGCAAAACCCACAGCCUUGUGAACCCACAGGUGUACACAUACAGCGGUUACUGCUACAACCCCCCACAGCCCACCGUGAGACCAGGGGUGACAGAGAUGUGCUUUUUUGGAAAAGCCACAGCAGGUGCCACUGGGGCCGUGGGGGUUCUGACGUACGACAUUGUUGAAGAGGAAAAGCACGUCCUUGGUCGCCUGGCCAUCAUGUUCUCCGUGCCCUAUAAUUACAACCACUAUCAGAACUUUUUUGCAUUAGGGAUUUUUGAGAAGGAUAAAGAGUGUGAUGAAUCACUUUACAAACACAUGUACUACGAUGCAAAAGGAAGAUUCUGUCGUAGCAAGAGUGUUGGAAGUGAAAUCAGCUACAUUGAGAAACUGGAAAGGUUCAAAGUGAGAGGAACCAUGUCUCCAAUGGGCAAAUCAGUGAUGAAAGUUGAGCUCUGGGAUCACUGUUGCAAUUAACUAUGUUGCAUGAGAGCUCACUUUUAAUUGAUAUUGUGAAAUAAAUAAUGUCAAGAAAACUGUUUGCCUCAACUUCUUCCUAAUCUGUUCUUCUGUUGAUGUAGUGCACUGUGUUUUUUUUCUCUGAGAUGUACAUCGCUUUGGAAAAAGCAUCUGCUAAAUCCAUGUGUGUAAUUGCAAUGUACAUGUAAUGUGGGAACAGGGAAAGGGGAUAGAAAAAGAGCACAUGAUUAUGCAGAAGUGAUUUUGGACACGUUGGUCUUAAGACUGCAGGUGUCCAGAACAUUACUGGCAUGCAACACUUCAUUUUGAAAUACAUUUUCUCAGUUUUUAGAAAUGUCUCCAAGGUGUCGGUAUUGAGAUAAAGAAUAAAACUGUCCAGU